GGGCUGCGGGGCAGGCAGAAGGACGCGAGGGGACGCCGAGAGCUCGGCGCGGCCGGCGGGGCGCUGACGGAGCCGUGCGGGGUUCGCCCGCCGCUGCCUCGCCGGUCGAAAGGCGGUCCCGGCCGCGAGGAUCGCUCCGCGGAGCCCCGCUGCGGGCGGCACGGCCCGAACCCGUCGGUGUCAAACGGAAAAGCGGCCGCGCCGCCGUUCCGCGCCUCAGCGGGGAGCAGCAGGUUGGGAUGUUGGUUUCUAUCCUUUCCUGUCACAUGGCUGGUAAUAGGAUCCCUCAUCUGCCACUCGGCACCUCGCUGGGGCGCACUUACAGGACACAUGCUGUAGGGCCUCCGCUUCCCGCACUUCGCGCUCCUCCCGGCCGCCCGCGACCACCUCCGCUCCGGAACGCGGUGCGGCCCGGCGGCCCCGGCCCAUGGAGCCGCCCCCUCUCGCCGCCGUCGUGGCCUUUUCGGGACUGGCGCUGAGCUGCUGCCGCGAGCCCGUUCUGUCCGAAUGUUAUACAGCAAAUGGGGCCGAUUACCGUGGCACUCAGAACCAGACCUCCCAACACGCGGGGAAGCCUUGUCUCUUUUGGAAUGAGACCUUUGAGCACCCUUAUAAUACUUUGAAAUAUCCCAACGGGGAAGGAGGGCUCGGUGAGCACAACUACUGCAGGAACCCUGAUGGAGAUGUCAGCCCAUGGUGCUACAUUGCAGAGCACGAGGAUGGAAUAUAUUGGAAAUAUUGUGAGAUUCCAUCCUGCCGAAUGCCAGGGAAUCUGGGCUGCUACAAGGAUCAUGGAGAGCCGCCUACUUUGACUGGCACCAGUGAGACCUCCAAUAAACUUACUAUCCAGGCAUGCAUCAGUUCCUGCCGAAGUCAACAAUUUAAGUUUGCAGGCAUGGAAUCAGGUUAUGCCUGUUUCUGUGGAAAUAACCCUGACUACUGGAGAUACGGGGAGGCAGCCAGUACGGAAUGCAACAGUGUUUGCUUUGGAGACCAUACUCAGCCUUGUGGUGGGGAUGGCAGAGUCAUUCUUUUCGACACCCUUAUUGGUGCCUGUGGAGGGAAUUACACUUCUGCUACAGCUGUGAUCUAUUCCCCAGAUUUUCCUGACACAUAUGGCACAGGCAAAGUCUGUUACUGGACCAUACAAGUCCCAGGAGCAUCUCAAAUCCUCUUCAGCUUUGUCCUUUUUGAAAUCAAAGAUGCUACAGACAUGGUGGAAUUGCUGGAUGGCUACACCUAUCAUGUUCUAGCUCGUUUUAAUGGGAAGAAUCGGCCUCCCCACACCUUCAACAUCUCCUUGGAUUUUGUUAUUUUGUACUUCUUUUCAGAUGAAAUCAACCAAGCCCAGGGAUUCGCUAUCAGAUACAGAGCUGUGAAGGACAACGUGCAUCAAAACAAGAUUGCAGUGAAUCAGACCCUUCCAGAGAAGAGAAAUGAACACACAAAUUUCAGCAUCAACGCGGCUCGGUCGUCAAAGAUACUUUAUGUCAUCACGACCAGUCCAAGCCAUCCCAGCAGCUCCAUGCCUGAGUGGACAAUAUACAGCCUCACAGCACUGCUCAUCCUAAGCGUUACAGCCAUAUUGGCCAAGAUAUUUCUCCACGUUGCCAUGAAAUCCCAUCAGAUCCCACCUGCAAAUGAAAUAGAGGAUUCCAGUGAGGUUACUGCUGCUGGAGAGAUCUGGAGUAUAUUCUAUCGGCCAUCCACAUCAAUAUCCAUCUUCAAGAAACAGCUGCGAAGCCAACAAGACGACUGCAACCCACUGGUGGGAAACUGAAGUGUCUUUUAUUUUACAGGAACCAAUCUUCUUAAAAUCCAGCGAUGCAAUAAUUUUCAAAUAUCUGGAGCUCAUCAGAUCUGCAGUGCUGUCAAUUACUGCGAGAAGAAAGCGUUCCCCUGCCUGUGAAAUGAAAGCAGAGCUACAUUUUUAAGACUAAUGCCCUUAAUUGCCAAAGAACUGAAACAUCAGCGGGGAUUUGAUCUGCGGAAUAAUUUCUCUUUGAUUGCAACAGACAGCAUUAACUAUUUUUUCUCUUUGGUAGAAGAUCUGUUCACCUACAAUGCUGACUUCUCAUCCCACCACUGGGGAUCAGCAGUGAGUGUGUCAGCCUCAGCAAGUCCAGCCCUGUGAGAUACUUCAGAACAUAAUGACAGUGCAGGUCAGAUAAGUUGUUGGGAACAGCUGGCAUUCAUGAGCAGCUCCUCCAGCUAUGGCAGAGCGAAUUCAGUGAGAGCCAUUAAAGUUCUGUAAACCUGGUUAGGACAGAGGGUGUAAAUAUGAGUUUAAAUAUGCUGAUGCUCAAUAACACAGCAGACACGUGAGCAUGCAGACACUGCUCUGUGUGCCUGCCAGAGGUCACUGAGUUUACAGCCAGUAUUUGCCCUCCUGUUAUCAACAUCGAAAGCUCCUCCCCUCACGAGGACUGUAGAUUUCAUUGACAGAAAUAGGGCACUUAAAAAUCAAACGGCGACACAUUGUGCCUUGCUGCUCCGAAAGUAAUGCCUCCUGUUUCGUGGCGUCGGCGCCCUUGUGGCUGAUGGCGGCGGUGCGGCAGUAGAGGUUGAAACUUCCCACCGGUAUCCCAUUCCAUUGCCGAGUGACAGAUGGCAGCAGAGGGGCACUGACAGCAUGGUGUCUGAUGUGGAAGUGUGUAUAAAGCAAAGGUGUGUCAAUGAAUUCUUCCAUGCAGAAAAAAAAUGACCCCGUUGACAUUCAUAGCUGCUUGCUGAACGUUUAUGGAGAUCCAGCAGAGGAUGUGAGUGCACUGAGGGGUGGGGGUGCGUUUCAGCACAGCAGCAGUGGGUCACUUCUGCUGGUGCAGGCUUUCAUGUGCACGGCAUGCAGGCUCUUGCUCAUCACCGGUGAAAAUGCAUAGUUAAUAGUGGUGACUAUGUUGGAAAAUAGUGCUUUAUAGCUGAGAAUUUCCUCUGUCAAAUAGUGCUAUCGUGCUCUUUGUAUCUAUUGUAAUUUGUAUGGAAAUAAAUAGGAGGCAUUACUUUCAGAGCAACCUACAUAGAUCUAUAGAGUUUGCCUGAACUGAAUUGAUUCCAGCUCCAUUUAUGUACCACAGAUGAGUGCCAGAGACAGCUGAACAAUUGCACAAUAAGUGCUUAAUAGAAACAGAACUUCGCUAAGCCAGCAAUUAUGGAAUUGUUUAUAUCAAAAGUGGAAUACCAUGGAAGCAGCUAGUAAUUUCUUGCAUAAGCUGUUGGAAAGGUUACAGGAAAAGUUAAUCACAGUAUUGCCAACAAUUAAGACAGCAAGAAUUGUAAAGUACAUUGGUUCUCUCUUACACGUUGGACUAAAAGACAUUGACUCUGUCAGACUUAACAAGACAUUGAAAAUUGCCUUCUUAACAGUCAGUGUUUACAAAGACCUGUAGCAAAACAGUUUGCUUUCUAUCCGUGCUUAGUCUGGUUCACUGAUGGAAAACAGAGAGAGAGAGAAUAAAAUCAGAUCCCAAAGAGUUACGCUGUGAGCACAGUGUGAGGAAGCUUUGCCUUCUUUUCUUACCAAAAACUUCAGCAGUCUGACCUAGGCAGUCAAAGGAAAAUUCAUAAAGCACGUAAUUAACACCAAUAACUUGAAAGAAUACCCAGUGACUGAUUUCUACCUGCUGCAAAAGUAAGGACAAAGUAGUUUUUACAUCUCUUCACACCUCAGUGGUGCAGUUGUAUGUGGCCAACGCAAAUGGUACCCAUUUAAAUGGCACUUUAUCACGUUUGCUGUAAGGGUUUAGGAGAAGAAUAAAAGCCUGACAUGCACAACUGUUAUAAUCCCACAUGAUUCAGCACACAGAAAUGCCUCUGACACCGGCAGCUGACAGCUGCCCUGAAUACCACGUUAGCAUUUGCAGCGUUGACUUCAACAAACAGAAAAUGACUGCAGAACAGGAAUUAGUUUGGACCGUUACCUGAACGGCCUUUUGAGCUCUUAGCCAGCAGUUCCCUCAGUAGGUUGGACAGGCUGCAGAUACAGCAUGGGUCACAGCUUCAAAUGCUUUGACAACAAAACCAUCACAAGGAACCACCUCUCACACACAUUCCAGCCCCUGUCCUGGUGCCUUCCUCGCUGACUUGUGCUGCUAUGGUUGGCUCCAUAGUGAUGCAAUACACUUACAAUUACCAUCGUUUUUUCUUCCUGAGGUUAGGGUAGAGUAGGAUAGGAUAGGAUAGGAUAGCACAGUGUGGGGUAGGAUUGGAUGGAAUGAUCAAAUGCAGUAAUAGAACAGGAGAACAGAAUAGCUCAGUUGGAAGGAACCUGCCAAAGAUCAUCAAGUCUUCAUGGCAGACCAGUAGUUAGAGCAUAUUGUUGAGGGCAUUGACCAAAUGCUUCUUGAGCACUGACAGGCACGGGGCACCAGCUAGCAUUGCCCUCCCCCAGAUACUUUCAAGGACCUCAACAUCAUUUUUAUAUUGAGACCAGAACCAUAUGCAGUAUCCAAGGUGAGGCCUCAGUACAGCUAAACAGCAGGAGAAUCACCUCUUCUGACAGGCUAGCUGUGCUAUGCUUACUGCACCCCAGAAUGUGGUUUGCUCUCUUGGCUGCUACCAUGGCUAUGUGGAGAAGAAGCCAUAGCACUAAGGGUGCACCGGGAAUAGGAGCAGUGAGCACUUUGCUGGUACCCCAGCACUGCAUUUUGUGAAGCUGUCUCCUAACUGUAUGCAAGUUGCGGGUGCCUCAUCCCUGGGGGCACACUGGGAUGGGACCCUGAGCAACCUGAUGGGGUGGGGGGCAGCCAGCCCAUGGCUGGGGGUUGGAGCUCGAUGAUCUCUAAGGUCCCCUCCAACCUCAGCCAUUCUAUGCAGCACGUUGGUUACAGAAGUCCACAGAAUGCGUGGACCUCUGCUGGCGGCCAGCAGGAGAAGUGGCCUUCCCAAUUCAAAAUCUGCUUUUAAAAAUAGUUUGUUGACUAAAUGAUUUUGUAUGUCCUUUCGUCUUAAUAUUUUUUAAGUUGGAGAGAAAAUAGAGACUAUAAUUUAAAACCAAAAAAAAGUGUGAUGUCAUAGUAAUAUAUUUAUAUAUGUAUCGGAAAUUAUUUAAUACAGGAUAUUAUGCUUGUAUCUUGCUGACGUUUCAUAGGAAGAUGUUAGUUUACACUCUGAGAAAAAUAAAUUUUCAAUACAUUGUAAUCAUGGGAAAAAAAAAACAGAAUUUAUUGGUGCAUAGGAUAGAAGGGCACUAAGGAGAGUAACUCAGCCUCUCAGUUUGGUAGCAGUGAUGAAACAAUUGCUUCAGGUGCUCCUUCUUCCUUUGAAUCUCAUGUCUAGCUUGUACUUUCAUUUGGUUGUUCAUCCAAUCCUGCUAAUUCAUGUGCAUAUACUUCUGGGACCAUCCUAACAUCCAACAUCUUCAUCUAUUUAUUCAUUUAAACAUUAACAUCAUCUGACUUGGGGCUUUAUAAUGCUGCUCAUCCAGACAACCCAACAGCACUGCAGAACUCUGGUUUCUGUAGUCCAGGAUUCCCUGCAGAGGUAUAAAUGUGAGAUUUUUACUGGAAAAUGAAGCAGCAUCCUAAAUGCAUCCAGGCCAACACACCAGCAGGCGUUGGAUGCUGCUGGGUGAGCGUGACAAGCUGUUGCAGUGUCACCUUCUGCUCACUGAGCCUUCUCAGCCAUUGCAAAAGACUGCUAAAGAUUUUCUAGUGCACCAUUUUACAGAUGGAAGGGUCUACUGCAAAACCAUAACUCAACAAAUACCCAAUCCGACCAGCCCAGCUAGUUCUUAAUAGCUUACAGAAACCUAUUUCACAACCCUCUGAUGACAUACACUUUAAUGAGAGUUUCACCUGAAUAUUAUCCUAGACAUUUUUGAGUAAACUUAUCAUUCUGCUAACUGGAAUGAGAAGUGGAGCCCUAUUCCCACAGCACCGCCCCCAGUACAUGCGGGUAAUGCAGCUCUCAGCUUUACCGAGUGCUUGUGCUUUUCAGGAUGAAAUUUUGCAUUCCAGAAUUCAGUCUGAAAGACAAUUUACUGUAAAUCCAGGGGAUAUCCCAUGAAAUAAAUCAGACUGACAAGAAAAGAACAAAUCCUGCUUGAGAUGACUCACGGCUGAAGUAUGUGCUGCGUCUCUAUGUGGUCAUCCCGCAUUGGGCAAAUGGCUGCAAGUAACAAUUAUAAAAAAUUAAAUGCAGUGAAUUGCCACGGGAGGAGCGCAGUUUGUGCUGCUCAAGUGUAGAAGAGCACUGCGUGGCAGGGGGAGAAGGCCAAGAAAACUCAUUUUCUUUUAGAAACACCACUGUCACACAGGCACCGGUCUCUUCUUGCACAAGAGGGGAUUACUGUGCUCUCCUUUCUUGCCAUCCAGUCUAUGAGACUCCUUUUAAACUUGUUUAUUCUGGAAACGUUUGCCUUAUUUUUUUAUUUUUUCUUCAUUCCCGUGAGAGAAAUGCAUUCUUUACUCUGAAUGAGAUCCUUUCAUAUCAAGCAAGUCACAGAAGCGCAGGGCUUCCCUUUCCCAUCAAAGAUCUGGUUUCAGGUCUAUUGUAUCCCAGACAAAGACCUGGGCAGGCUGGCUCCAGCUGUAAGAACACAGCCACCUCCAAAAGACACCUUCACCACACGAGGAGCCCAUCGAAACUGAGCACUGCGUCCUGCACAAACCGCUGUGCAAAACAUCAAUGACCAACACUGUCGACUAUCUGCCUUAGAGUUCAGCAGACACACUCCAGAUUGCUACUGCCAAAAUGAGACCGUGCUCCAACACACAGCAUUAGCACUGUGUACGAUCUUAUUAAGAAAUAACGCUCAUCUCCUGGGUCAGUUCUGAGGUGACUGAAUUACAAUGCACUGGAACAGGCCUAGAUGAGAGGGGGAAGAACCCUAAUCCAAAGAGUUACCAGGUGGAAACCUUGGUGAGAUGGAAGCAACCAAAGGAGAAUGGAAUCUUUUUGUGUCACUGCACGAAGAACGCAUAACAUACAGAGGCAAACUAUUUCAGCAAUAGCAUAUGUUUGUGUUUUACACGUGUACAUACAUGCACAGAGAUCGUUAACCACCAGCGAUCACAUCCAAGCCAUCUUCUUCGAUGUGUUAAUGAAUGUCUUUGAUCAUAUUAUGCCCUCUGUCGACACGAUGAGAGCAGCACAAUGCUGAUUUUAACUGCAAUGGAACCAGUGAUUUCAUGAGCCGGGGCAUGGAUUUGGGUUUAGCCUAUCUGUUCAAUGUGACUUCUCCAUUUGUUGCAUCCAUUUGCGCCAUGGUGGCUCGGGCCUCAAAGCAGUCAUAGUUCAGGACAAUAGAUUAUUUUCAUCUGAAAUUAAAGCACAAAUAAGUUCCCUUGCUACAGGAAACAUGCAGGUUCCAAAUAGAAAUGAGGAUGCCUUCCAGCAGGUGUGUGCCAGCUGCCAUGUGAUUUGAGCCUUCAGAGACCUGUGUGACCCUCUCACACAGCCUUCUUUCUACACAGAAGUCCAAGAACUGCCCUGGUAGUUACAGACUGCCACCCUGCAGUGUCAAGCUUCAUUGCAUCUCCUUCCCCAUUUCCCACAGCAGAGCACUUAACCCCAUCUUUUCCACAGCACGCUUUGGUGCGCUACGGCCUCCAUCCUCCUCUCCUCCUUCUGCCUCUACACCUUUGCCCUCCCUUCCUUUGGAACCUUUAACAUCUAACUUCCUCCUCCUUAACAGCAAGACCUGCCAGCUGUGAGCAGGGACAGCAAACAGCAGGCAGCGAGGCUGCUGGAAACACAAUUAGGAAGGAGCUAAAAUCCAGCAGUGGCCUUACACUGAGCAUAACGCCCAGUAAGAUACUGAUUUAUUCUGUGUACUCCAGCGUGGCACUUACCUGAAAGUUGAAUGGUCCUGGGACGGAAUAUUACGGGUUGUCUCCAAAGGGGAAGAAAAAAAAUAAAUCACAAAAGAAAACUUUGCAUUUUUUAAUGCCAUUGUUGUAUCUGUGU